AUGGUUUUUUUUGAAAAACAGUUAUUGCAGGAAAAAGAUGAACUAAUUGCCCGGCUCCAAGAAGCACUGCUAAACGUCCAGGAAUCCGAUCCAGAGGGAAAGAAAAUUCGAUCGCACAGCUUUACCGCAGGCGAGAUUUCGAAGAACCAAAGUGCUGCAGGCAAUUUACAAAUUUUGCUUACUGAGCCAGACUCGACUCCAGAACAAGCUCAGGAUUCGAAAAAAACAAAGGAUGGCUGCACCAAAAUUAGCGGGGAAGAGUAUGAGCCAACAAGCAGAAAGAGGAAGAAGGAAAAAGAAUGCAGCGAUAGGGAGAAAAUUAGUCACCUGGCAACUAGUAUACCAGGCCCGAAAUCACCAUCGUACUCCAUCAAACGGCAGGAACGUAGCCCGACAAAGUCCAAAUCACCAGCAGUGGAUCCGGCAAAGCACAAGGAUGAUAAAAGGUAUCUCUGA